GCCAAAUCGCCAAUAUUCAUUCUCGUUCAAUUUAGGGCAUAAACCCUAACGCUCAAUUGCGCCAUCCUUAAACCUUAAACCCAAUGCACUAUUUAUUUAAAAUUUUUAAAAGCAUUUAUUUCGUUUUCUUUAGCGAUCUCUUCGAUUGCAACAUCCAUUAGCUUCGAUUUGGAAGACGAAUUGCUAAACUCUCUGUGAGAUUUGGAGAUGGCUUCCGAUAGCGAUGAAGAAUUCGACGGCGAUGACGGAUUCGAAGCCGACAUGGAAGCCCUAAAGAGGGCCUGCGUUUUGGCCGGAGCCAGCCCCGGCCACGCUGACGAUGAUUUCUCCGGCCGCUCCGUCAGCAAUAGUGUCCCAUCCUCCCCUGACACCGACGACGGGGUGGAUGAUGUUGAGCUGGUUCGUGAUAUUCAGAAGCGGUUUGCACUUUCCACUGAUGUUCAGGUGCCUCUGGAUAUGAGGCCUAUAUGCUCGCUAUUCCCCACUAAGAGUGGGAAUGAGUCUGAAGAUGAUAUCGAAACGCUCCGUGCUAUUGAACGACGAUUUGCGUCAUAUUAUGACGAUACUACAAAAGAGGAAUUGGAUAAAGAGUUGCAUAAUACUGAGCAGGUUGGUGUUACUAACAUAACCUCAGAAGAGGAAAGUUGCAAUAAUUUCUUUCUAGAGAGAACUAAUGCUGGGGAAGGGUUUCCCACUUGUGUAGAUGGAAAUAACAGUGCCCUUCCGAUUUCAGAAGGUGCUAUACCCCAGGAUGGUGGCGCUGAAAAUGCAUCAUCUGAAAGUUCUGGCUUCCCUAAGUCAGCACAAGCUUUUGUGGAUGCAAUAAAGAAGAAUAGGGCUUUCCAGAAACUUAUUCGAAGUAAAAUGAUUCAUGUUGAAGCAAGGAUUGAAGAACUGAAAAAACUUAAGGAUCGGGUUAAAAUCUUGAAAGACUAUCAGGUUUCUUGCCGAAAGAGAACUGGGCAUGCCUUGGCACAGAAAAAGGAUGCACGUGUCCAGUUGAUAUUACCAAGACAAAGGGUUAAUUCUAAGCCGAGUGAGAAGAAAUCUUCUGCUUUGUAUUAUGCACCACCUGAGAAUUCCCUAGUUGCUAGUUAUAGAGAUGCUUCAGAGAAGUUUCCUGUCUCUGUGAAUCGAGAAAAGUGGUCAAAGGAAGAAAGGGAGAAUCUUCUGAAGGGUGUGAAGCAACAAUUCCAAGAAACUAUGUUUCAACGUGCAAUUGAUCUAAGUGAUAUGGACGGAUCUUUUGGAGAUAUGACUAAUAUUGAUAGCAAUAUUCUAUCAAUAAAGGACCUUGAUAUUACCCCUGAAAUGAUGAGGCUGUUUUUACCCAAGGUUAAUUGGGAUCGUUUGGCUUCAAUGUAUGUUCCUAGGCACUCUGGUGCUGAAUGUCAAACAAGAUGGUUGAACUGGGAAGACCCCUUAAUCAAUCAGGAACCUUGGAGUGUUGUGGAGGAUAAGAACCUUUUGCAUAUUGUGCAACAAAAGGGUCUCAGUAACUGGAUUGAUAUUGCCUUAUCCUUAGGAACUAACAGAACUCCAUUUCAGUGCUUAGCACGCUAUCAAAGGAGCCUAAAUGCUUCAAUAAUUAAAAGGGAGUGGACUGAGGAGGAGGAUAAUAAACUGAGAGCUGCUGUGGAAGCUUUUGGUGAGAGUAAUUGGCAGGUUGUUGCUGCUUCCCUUGAAGGACGGACAGGUACCCAGUGCUCCAAUAGGUGGAUUAAGACUCUUCAUCCUGCUCGGCAAAGGGUUGGGAAAUGGACUGCUGAUGAAGAUAAACGCUUGAAAGUUGCUGUAAUGCUUUUUGGGCCAAAAACUUGGAGGAAGAUAGCUCAAUACGUACCUGGGCGGACACAUGUGCAGUGUAGGGAAAGAUGGGUCAAUAGCUUAGAUCCUUCUUUGAAUCUGAAUGUAUGGACUGGAGAAGAGGAUUUGAAGUUGGAAGCUGCAAUCCAAGAACAUGGAUAUUCCUGGUCCAAAGUUGCUGCUUGUGUUGCUCCACGCACUGAUAGUCAGUGUAGGAGGAGAUGGAAGGUACUAUUUCCAAAGGAAGUGCCUUUGCUGCGGGAAGCUAGAAAAAUACAGAAGGUUGCUCUCAUAUCCAACUUUGUUGACAGGGAGUCUGAACGACCUUCCCUUAAACCGGAUGACUUUGCGCCAGUACCAUUACUCCUCCAGGCAUCUGGCUCUGAACCUUCUAGGAAACGGAAGAUGGCAUCAAGCAACAUGUCUUCAGAUGAUCCAACAAUAGCUGAGAAUCGCAGAUAUGGUAUCACAUACAAGUCCAGAAGGAGCAGGCGGCAGCCUAAAAGAAAAAUAUGCACCAACCGCAGAAGAAAGCGUCCUCCUUUUGCAAAUCCAGGCAUGUUAUGUAAUGGCAAUGAACUGGGGGGAGGACUGGAAUUCAGUGUUGCUAUGAAUAAUAGAACUUCUAAAUUGCCUCCUAGAAAGAAGAGAAAACGUGGACCUUAUGUUGAAGUUCCAGAGAUUUCUGGUAGUGAUGAGAUUGAAACAACAAAUGGAGAUGAUAUUAUCUUCAAGAGAAGUACAAGGGGAACUGAGUUUGACUCAGGGAGUGACAAUGAUGCAAAACUUGACGCUUCCUCUUUUCCAAAUUCAAUUUCUGAUGCUAGGACACUUGGUGGAAAAGCUAUGAAGUCUAGGAAAAGGAGCAAAAGACGCCCAAGAAAGAACUGUAGCGAUCUAUAUGUUAGCGAAGGAAAUCACCCCUUUCCUACUUCACGUAAACGGGAAGGUCCUUUACGAGAACUUCCUGGAAGCAACCUAGACUCUGAUCCAUCGGGGGAGCUAUACGAUUCUUCACUAUCUUUCGAAGAGAAUUCUGAGCUGGAGUCUGGUGCUAAACAGGUAGAAGUGUCUCACGAUCGUUCAUCACCUUCAAACAACUUGAGAACUUCCAGGUGUUGCAUGCAAGGUAAAAAGAAAGGCCUUAAACACAGAGAUGUGGAUCACUCAAAUAAGCUGGCAGAAACAGAGGAUGAUGACUCCAUUACUCUUGCUGCCUUUCUUAAAAAAUCUGUUAGGCGAAGUGAUCAUAACUCAAAUGAAAGUGGUGCUAUCCCGGAGUGUAAUAUACACACACCUACUACUUCAAGAGGCUGUGGAAUCCAAGGGGAUGGAAAUGGACUUGGACUCGGACCUUCCCCUCCGACAUCAGAGGCAGGAAUUAUGGAUGAUAUGCCUCUUGCUCAUUUUCUCAAUACAUUGAAGAGGAGAAGGGUCAAGCCUGCCACCAGUAAAUAGUGCUAAACCCAUACUCCCAUACUUCUACUGGAAAUGAUUUUUUGUUUGUUUGAGGUAAUGCUUGGUGGAAACGAAUGAGUUGAGUUGUACAGCCAGGGAAACUGUUUUUUAUUUGUUCACUAUAUACAUAUGUAUCAAGUAUAUAUGCUACGAUGGGCCGCGCCGGUUUUGGCUCAAUUUUUUUUUUUUUAUUUAUUAAGGCACUGGCGCCAUCUAUUGUGUUUGACCCCAACUGGAAAUCCUGAUUCAUUGAAAUGAAAAACGAAUAUUUUCUUUGAAA